GUUUGCCAAAUGGAUUUCUUUGCUGGAGUCAGACCUUUAUUAUUUUCAUAUGUACUCAUUAACGGCAUACUAAUAACUUUACAGACUAAAGAAGAGGUGCUAUUGGAUAUGAAGGCAACGGGAGGUGAACUGGGCUGGUUGACAUGGCCCUUAGAUCAGGGAGAAAAGUCCGGGUGGGAGGUCACCCAGAGGACCCUGAACGGCUCUCAGUUCUACACCUACUCGGUCUGCAAUGUCGGCGAACGCGAGCAGGACAACUGGCUGCGCACCACCUUCAUCCAGCGGCGUCCGUCGGCCUCGCGGAUUUUCGUCGAGCUCCAGUUCAUCGUGCGCGACUGCAACUCCUUCGACGGCGCCUCGCUGACCUGCAAGGAGACCUUCAACCUCUUCACGUCCGAGUCCGACGCCGACGUGGGCACCACCUUCCGCAAGGGCCAGUUCAAGAAGGUGGCCACCAUCGCGCCCGACGAGAUCACCGGCAAGAACGAACUGCGCAUCAACACCGAGACGCGCGUGGUGGAGAACCUGUCGCGCAAAGGCUUCUACUUGGCCUUCCAGGACAUCGGGGCGUGCGUCGCUCUUCUCUCCACCAGGGUCUACUACAAGACGUGCCCGGCCACGGUGAAGAGCCUCGCGUCCUUCCCGGAGACCGUGGCCGGGGGCGAGAACCAGGCGCUGAGGGAGGUGAGCGGGUCGUGCGUGGAUAACGCCAUCAGCGAGGAGCUGCCUCGCAUCUACUGCACCGUGGACGGGGAGUGGGUGGUACCGGUCGGACAGUGCCAGUGCAAACCGGGCUACGAACAGGUCAAAGACGCGUGUCACGAAUGUCAGCCGGGCUUCUUCAAAGCCGCAGCAUCCGGUGACAAGUGUGAGGUCUGCCCCGCCCACACCCAGCGGCUGGAUUCUGGGGCUGCGUUUUGCCCCUGCUCGGAUGGCUUCUUCCGGGCCCCGACUGACCCCCCUAGUGGACCCUGCUCAGGCCUGCCUUCUGCGCCGCGAGACCUCGUGGCCACCACCACCCAGCUCUCCACGGGAAAACUCCACCUCUCCUGGAGCCCGCCCGAGGACACCGGGGGUCGGACCGACAUCACCUACAGCGUCGAAUGCCAGCGCUGCGAGGGCGCCGUCUGCCAGCUGUGCGGCGAGAAGGUCCGCUACGAGCCGGCCAGCGCGGGCCUGACGCGCACCAAGGUGUCGGUGAGCGAGCUGGAGGCGCACCUCAACUACACCUUCACCGUGGAGGCGCACAGCGGCGUGUCGCCGAUCGCCGGGCAGGCGACGCCGCGGUCCAAUCGGCCGCCGUCCACCAGCGCUCUGACGACAUCGCUGCACUACACGGACCCCCCCAGGAUUACCACGAUCCGAAUGGUCGAGAGGACCUCCGCCACCUUGUCCCUUUCCUGGGACGUCUCGCCCCGAAUUCGGGUCCAGCCGCGGCCCAUCCGCUAUGAGCUCACCUACCGCAAGAAGGACGAUAACCUGGACGUGACGACCUAUAUCGUGCUCUUACUGGAGAAGAACUUUGUGCAGAUCAGCGAUCUGGCCCCCGGCACGGCCUACCUGUUCCGGGUGCAGGCCCUGGGCGGCGACGGCAGCCCCGGAGGCUCCAGCAUCGAGGAGCAAUUUGAGACGUCGCCCGAAGGGCGCCUCACUCAAAACAACACGGCGGUUAUCUUCGGCGCGGCGGUCGUGGGAGCGGCCAUGCUCGUCGUCGCGAUCCUGGUCCUGUUCCUACGCAGACGGAAAAGAAACUCUCACUCCAGGCAAAGACCGGAGGACACUUAUUUCUCCAGCUCGGAGCAAUUGAAGCCUCUGAAGACCUACGUGGAUCCGCACACAUACGAGGACCCCAACAUAGCCGUCCUGAAGUUUGCCACGGAAAUCCACCCCAGCCACAUAACCAAACAGAAAGUCAUUGGAGCUGGGGAGUUCGGCGAGGUGUACCGCGGCAACCUGAAGAUGCCGGGGAGGAAAGAGGUGGCGGUGGCCAUCAAGACGCUGAAACCGGGUUACACGGAGAAGCAGAGGCAGGACUUUCUGAGCGAGGCCUCCAUCAUGGGCCAGUUCUCCCACCAGAACAUCAUUCGCUUGGAGGGGGUGGUCACCAAAUGUAAGGAUUACUUCAAACAUGCCAUGAUCGUGACUGAAUACAUGGAGAACGGAGCGCUGGACAGGUACCUCAAGGACCACGAUGGCGAGUUUCCCUCCUUCCAGCUGGUGGGCAUGAUGCACGGCAUCGCUGGGGGCAUGAAGUACCUCUCGGACAUGAGCUACGUCCACCGCGACCUCGCUGCCCGCAACAUCCUCGUGAACAACAACCUGGAGUGUAAAGUGUCCGACUUUGGCCUCUCCAGGGUGCUGGAGGACGACCCCGAGGGCACGUACACCACAAGUGGAGGUAAGAUCCCAAUCCGCUGGACGGCUCCGGAGGCCAUCGCAUACAGGAAGUUCACCUCGGCCAGCGACGUGUGGAGUUUUGGCAUCGUCAUGUGGGAGGUCAUGGCCUUUGGCGAGAGGCCCUACUGGGACAUGAGUAACCACGAGGUGAUGAAGGCUAUCAACGAGGCCUUUAGGCUGCCGGCGCCGAUGGACUGUCCCUCGGCGGUUUAUCAGCUGAUGCUGCAGUGCUGGCUGCAGGAUCGCUCCAAGAGGCCGCGCUUCGGAGACAUCGUCAACCUGCUGGACAAGCUGCUGCGGAGCCCGGACUCCCUGAAGACCAUCGCAGAUUUUGACCCACGCGUGUCCAUCCGCCUGCCCAGUACCAGCGGCUCCGACGGUUCCCCGUUCAGGUCGGUGUCCGAGUGGCUGGAGUCCAUCAAGAUGAGUCAGUACAGCGAGAACUUCAUCUGCGCCGGGGUCGUCACCAUGGACCACGUCCUGCAGAUGAAGAACGAGGAUAUUAAAAAUAUCGGCGUGAGGCUGCCCGGCCACUUGAAAAGGAUCGCCUACAGCAUCUUGGGUUUAAAGGACCAGACCAGCAGCCUGAGCGUCUUCGCCGUGUGAUCGUUGACAACGAAAGGGAAUUGAACACGCGGACACUGAAGCGGGCGGCGGCCCUUUGAACUCUGAGCUGAGCUGGAGGGAAGCGGCGGGCGCGGCCUCGAAUCGGCAGGACCAAGAAGACGCGUGCCGUCCAUCGGGGCCGACUGAAACCGACUCGACUUGCUGUACAUUUUUUGAUUUCUUCAUUUUAUCCACGCGGGAAUUGAGCAAAUAUACAACAAGUAGAUGUAUCAAGUAGACUCUGUAUAUUUAGAUAUCGAUUAUUUCUUCUUCUCGUCUUCUGUACAGUUACAAUUCAUUCCUCUGGCAUUUUUUUUUUUGCUCCUCAUUUCGCAUUCCUGCUUUCAAGAAAAUCAAACAAUCAAAGUUUGAUCAGUCAGUCCUGGGAACGGCUUCAGCUUCACAAAAUUGCCCACUGUUGCAUCCAGUAUCAAACAAACGUCGGUGUGAUGGUGUGUGACAGUGUGGGCGUGGUGGAGCCCGGCCCCCGCUUUUACGUGGAGGUUGGCGCUAAUGUCGCAGCGUCUCCCUUUUUUACAUUUUUUUUAGAUAGCACUUUGGUCCAUUUCCUGUCGGACCAAUGAGGAGGGAGCGUCGAUAGCUUGAGCUGGCCCAAAGUUAUAGAGACACGGGCGGACCUGGUGCUGUUACUGGCCUUCUGCAGAAAUUAAGCUAUAAUCAUGUAAGUGAUGUUAUAUGAAAAAGGAAAACAAAUAAGAGAGGAUGUAUAUAUAUAUAUACAAAUAUAUAUAUAUCAGGUACUCUUUGUGUACAGAUUACCAAAAAACAUUGGGUUGACAAUUAUUAAUGUAGCACUUGGAUCUAGAAUCUCGUUGUCUUGGUUUGUCUCAGAAUUGCAUGGAUGAGGCGAUUACACACUAAAUGAAAGGGGGAGGGGGGGGGGGUCGUGUGAAAUGAAUAUGUUUCAAUUAGAAAGCAAUAGCGUGCCGGUAAUGAAGAGGGGAGAAGGUGCAGUUUGCGAGAAAAAAAAAAAGAAAAAGAAAAAAAAAGGAAGGAAGGAAGGAAGGAAAAAAAGAUUUAAUGAUAAUGAGUCUUGUUGUGGUUGAGAUGAUUUCAUACUUAAUAAUAGAUUGGUUUGCAAAUUUCAAUGUCUCAUUGAGUUUUGUGGGAGGGAUUUUUUGAUUCGUAUCUCUGAGCGACGCGUUGACGGGAUGAAACGACAACUCUUUGCCUCGUCUGGUGGACCGGCCUCGUUCCACUCGCUCAAAGACGUGUUUUUAACGUGCAAAAAGUGAGGAACAUGAGCGGGAGUUUGCUUCUGUCUGGGUUUUUUUUUAAUGAAGCAGCUCACCGCUGUAAUGGGACAUGUGUGUGUGUGUGUGUGUGUGUGUGUGUGCGUGUGUGUGUGUGUGUAUGUCUCGUGGACAGUUUCCCCCAGUGCUCUUAAUUGAUGACUGCAAAUCAUUGUGUUAUGACGUACACCUUCCUUUACUUGAAUUUGUACUGUAUUUUCAUAUGCGUCUGAUUCUCUUGUAGUUUAUAGAUCCAUCUUUGGAAAAGGGAUGUUUUUGUUGUUAUUACUCUGGUUUACAGAUUGCAAUUACUUUUUAUUUUGUACAUUUUUGUAUGAUCUCACUUUCUACCAUAUUACCAAAACUGAUUAUUUUUCUACGUUCCCACCGCGCUCCAAAGUGAUGACUCCUGCCUUUUCAAACCUUUUUUUUUUUGAGCGUUCAUUCUUCAGAAAGCAAAUCAACUCCUUUCCUUUUUUCUUUUCUUUUUUUGCCUGUUUCAUACUGUAUUUAAUAGCCUAUUUAUUUUUUACUUUUAUUUAUUCAUGCUGACAAAACACUGAGCUGGGAUUAUAAUUGAAGGUUGUGCUCUCGUUCUCUCAAAAUAAUGAAAUAAAAUUCACUGCAUUUGUGGCACAAUAA